CUUCCUACCCUGCUGGCUCCUGUAGAGCAGAGCAAUGCAAGGGAUCUGUUGCACAUGAGGGCUUGAGCAGUGAGUGCACAUGUCCGGCUCCAGCACACACGAGGGUUCCUCCUGACUGUUUGGAUGGUUGUGGGAGCAAAUGCUUUAAAAUCCCUAGAGAAGAAUGGACAUCGCUGGCUUUCUGAAAUCUCAAUUCCUUUGCCACCUUUUUAUCAGCUAUGUAUUUAUUGGAACUGGACUUAUAGUAAAUUUCAUUCAACUUUGCACUCUAAUUGUUUGGCCUUUUAACAAGCAGCUCUACCGGAAGAUAAACUGCAGGCUGGCAUACUGCAUAUCAAGCCAGCUGGUGAUGUUAUUGGAGUGGUGGUCGAAUACUGAUUGUACACUCUAUACUGAUCCUGAAAACUACACCAAAUAUGGCAAAGAAAAUGCAAUAGUAGUCCUCAAUCACAACUUUGAAAUAGACUUUCUCUGUGGUUGGAAUUUUUGUGAGAGAUUUGGUGUUUUAGGGAGUUCAAAGGUGCUAGCAAAGAAAGAACUUUCCUAUGUACCUGUGAUUGGUUGGAUGUGGUACUUCCUAGAAAUUGUGUUCUGCAAAAGGAAAUGGGAGGAAGACAGAAAAACAGUUAUACAAGGUUUACAUAAUCUUAGGGAUUAUCCAGAACAUUUUUGGUUUCUGAUCCAUUGUGAGGGCACACGUUUCACAGAAAAGAAACAUGAAAUCAGCAUGCAAGUAGCAGAAGCUAAAGGUCUCCCAAAGCUAAAACACCAUCUGCUACCAAGGACUAAAGGAUUUGCUGUCACUGUGCAGAGUUUGAGAAAUGUAGUUUCAGCUGUAUACGACUCAACCCUCAAUUUUAGAAACAAUGAAAAUCCUACAUUGCUUGGAGUUUUGAAUGGGAAGAAAUACCACGCGGACCUGUGUGUCAGGAGAAUCCCAUUAGAAGAAAUCCCAGAGGAUGAGCAGGAAUGUGCCUCUUGGCUCCACAAACUGUAUCAGGAAAAGGAUGCAUUUCAGGAGGAAUACUACAAGACCGGUGCCUACCCAGGGACUGCAGUUGUGCCACCUAGGAGACCAUGGACCCUUAUAAACUGGAUAUUUUGGGCCUCUCUGCUUUCAUAUCCCUUAUUUAAAGUGCUGGCAAACAUGAUCAGCAGUGGAUCGUAUUUUACAAUUUCCGUCUUUGCAUUAUUAAUGGUUAUUGUGUCUGUAGGAGCCCGGAGAAUGAUCAGAGUCACUGAAAUUGACAGAGGCUCCGCUUACGGCAACCGUGAAAACAAACUGAAGCAGAAAUAGUGCAACAGAGACUUCUUAGACAACAAACCUUCUUAACGCUGGCAUCACCCCUUCAGAUUGGGAGUGCGUUGUAGGUGCAUAUCACAGUGAAGUGACUCGUUUUAUAUUCUAUCCUCUUGUGGAACCAGAACGAGAAUUUUAGCCAAUCUUUUUUUGUUUUAUUUUUUUAAAAGUACGACAAUUCCUGUUUCAUGAAUGUUGAAGUCUUUAACACUGGAGAACAUUUCCACUGCCUGUGUCUGUGAUACUUGCCUUGGUACAAAAUAAACCAUUCCUCAACCUU